AUGAUAUCUCAAAUUACCACCAGCAGUAUCACAAACACCACACACAUCAUGUCGGACAUUGAAGAUAAGAAGGUGGAGAGUCUGGACUUCGACCCCUCUCUCAAGAAGAAGAAGAAGAAGAGCAAGCCUGCAUUUGUGGAGGAUGACGAGGUCUCCGAGGUUGCCGACAAGCUGGACGAUCUCAAGACCUCUGCUGCCGCUGACGAUGUGGACGAGUUUGAUUUCAAGAAGAAGAAGAAGAAGAAGAAGGCCCCUAGCGCUCUGUCCGAGUUCGACGAGGAGCUGGAGAAGGCUGGUGUCGACGAGGACCCCGUUGCCUCUGGAGAGAAGGUCACCUACACUCUUGACGGAGAGAAGGAGUUCACAUACCCCGAGCUCCUGAGCCGAUUUUUCGACAUUCUGCGGGAGAACAACCCCGAGCUGGCCGGCGACCGGUCGUCCAAGUACAAGAUUCCUCCUCCUCAGCUGCUGCGAGACGGAAAGAAGUCGAUUUUCGCCAACAUUCAGGAAAUCGCCUCCAAGAUGCACAGAUCUCCCGAGCACGUGGCCAUGUUCAUUUUCGCCGAGUUGGGUACCUCCGGAUCCACCGACGGAAACGAUCGACUUGUCAUCAAGGGUCGAUUCCAGCAAAAGGGUAUGGAGACCGUUCUCAGACGGUACAUUGUGGACUACGUGUCUUGCGCCACUUGCAAGUCCGUUAACACCCGACUCACCAAGGAGAACCGACUCACCUUCCUGGACUGUAACUCGUGUGGAUCCCGACGAUCCGUCUCGUCCAUCAAGACCGGUUACUCUGCCCAGAUCGGACGACGAAAGAAGAUGUAG